ACCAAGCGCCAAUCCCCACCACCACCUCCGCCUCCCAUAGUCCCAACCCCCACCCUCUCCCACGCCCCCAAGCCGUUCGCAUCGCUCGUUCCCCACGCGCGCCUUGCCCCCACAGCACGAUCAGAUGGACAGCGCCGACGCGAUGCCGUCCGGCGCGUUCGGCGCGUGGUCGUCGGUCCGGAGCUUCUUCACCCCGGCGAUGCUCUUCCUCGUCGUCAACCUCGUCAUCGGCACCAUCGCGCUCACCUCCCGCGCCACCCACAAGCGCCUCCGCCGGGACCACCAGCACGACGCCGGCCACAAUCAUCACCUCCAAGAACCGCUGCACCCGCAUCAGCAGGAGUACCACUACUACCAGCAGCAGCCGCAGUACGCGACGCCGCCUGAGCCUGCGCCAGCGCCGCUCGCCCGCACGUCCUCUGUCCUGGACCGGCUCCGGUCCUUCGGCCUCUACCGCUUCCGUCCCGGUGACUUCCCGCCCGAGUACGGCGCCGGCGCCGCGGGGGAGAACCACGCGCAAGAUGUGUUCUCUCCGGUGGAAGAAGAGACGACGAAGCAGGCUCACUGCACCACGAGCCAGUCGGAGCCGGCGCCCGCGCGGGAGGCGAAGAGGCCGGCGACGAGGAUGAAGAAGUCGGGCUCGGAGGUUAGGAAGGCGCCGGUCGCACGAGCCCCGGCAAGGGUGAUCGAGGAGGUCGCGGAGGACGAGGCCGUGGACGCGAGGACGGAAGACUUCAUCGACAAUUUCAGGCGGGGACCGGAGGAAUACUACCAAGAAAAGUACGUUCGUCCUGCGGCGCCCGCGCCGCUCGCGCGCACGUCGUCUAUGCUGGACCGCCUCCGGUCCCUGGGCCUCUACGGCUUUCUCGCUCCCGAGCACCCCGCCGCCGCAUCAGCCCCAGCAAGAGAUGUCUUUGCCAUCCCGGCGGACGAGAAGAAGCAAGCGCACGCGCACUGUGACAGGAGCCGAUCUGAGCCGGGGUGGGAGCAGGGGAAGAAGGAGAAGAAGCAGGGAGCAGAGGCAACAAUGGCCAAGUCGAGCUCGGUGGCGAGGAAGCCCGCCUCUCGGAGCCCAGUCGAGGAGGAGGCGGACAAGUGCGUCGACGCGAGGGCGGAGGCGUUUAUUGAUAGUUUCAGGCAGCAGCAAGUGCACCACUACGAAGAAGAAUAUGUUCCACCUCCGGCGCCCGCACCGCUCUCGCGCACGCCGUCCGUCCUGGAACGGCUCCGCUCCUUCGGCCUCUACCGCUUCCGCUCUGGCGACCUCGGCCCCGAGCUCCCCGUUGCUGAGUCAACCCCGGCCGCGGACGAGAAUAAUCGUGCGCACUACGGCAGGAGCCGGUCGGAGCCGGCGCGGGAGCAGGGAAAGAAGGAGGCAAGGAUGAGCAAGUCCAGCUCGCAGGCCGCGGCUCCGAUCACAGUGGAGGAGGAGGCGGACGAGGGCGUGGACGCUCGGGCGGACGACUUCAUCAGCAAGUUCAGGCAGCAGCUGCAGCUGCAGAGGCUCAAUUCGCUGCUCAACUACAAGUAGUAGCUUCAGCCUGCAAGAAGAAGCGUUGCAUGCAGCAAGCGAGCAGCUGCUGGUUAGGAUUGUAAUAAUAGUAUAGUACUACAUGAAUCAGCAAAUCACCUAUGGGUUUGAUUAGGCGUGAGCUAUACGGUGGUGUUUUUUGAAAUGUUGAUUGUUUGUAUGAACCAUUAGUUUUUCAGUCUUGCUAAUCUUC